GCUGCCCUGAUUGAUAUAUGACUGCAAUGGCACUUUUCCAUUUGACAUUCUCUCUCCCUCUCUCUCCCUCUCUCUUAAACAGCCCUAACUUUUGUGUGUUGCAAAUAUAAAAGGCAAACCAUGUGACAGAGGGACAGCAGAACAAAAGCAUUUGGAAGCAACAGGACCUCUUUUUAGCUCUCUGAAGAGCUGGAGGGAAGGAAGGAGCAGAGCAUUCGCUGAAGGGAGAAAGGAAGAGUUUUGCUGUUGUGAGCCAAGAGAUAAAGCAGUAGAGGAGUGUAAGUACAGUCCUCUGGAGUGGAUAGUGAGAACCCCGCUGAGGAGGAAAGCCCCAUCUCUCUGCUGAGACUCAGGGACUGCACUGCUUGUGCCCAGACAGGAUCCAGUUGUGUCCCUUGUCCCUGCGGGAGCGCCGCCUGUCUUCCUCCUCUCCAUUUGCUGCCUGGGAAAUUCCCUUUGCUAUACGGGAGAUUCUCUGAUGGAUUACAAUCUCAGCAAACUCUAACUCCAGAGGAAGAAUGACAACUAAGAGACUUAAACCAGACUUUUUACUUUCCUGGAGAGGAACUGGCUCACAGUAUUCGGCGUUUUUUUAAUCCUCUACCUCCCUCUGCUGUUAUCACAGCAAAGUUCCUCAACAAUGGGAAGUCAUGUACUUGCAGCUUCAAUUUCCAUGCUCUCGCUCCUGGCAAUGAUGGGAGACACGGACAGCAAACCAGACAAUUCCUUUAUGAUCGACACCGAUCCCAGCCGCUGCAUGAGGCAUCAUUAUGUGGACUCCAUCAGCCAUCCCCUGUACAAGUGCAGCUCAAAGAUGGUGCUGCUGGCUCGCUGUGAAGGACGUUGCAGCCAGACAUCGCGCUCGGAGCCAAUGGUGUCCUUCAGCACUGUCCUAAAGCAGCCUUUCCGCUCCACUUGCCACUGCUGCCGGCCCCAGACCUCCAAGCUGAAGGCCAUGCGGCUGCGCUGCUCAGGUGGCAUGAGGCUCACCGCCACAUACCGCUACAUCCUCUCCUGCCACUGCGAGGAGUGCAACUCCUAGGGACGUGCCUGCUGCAGUGCUACAGGACCGGGAUGCUGCUGCUGGGGAGGGCUCCAAGAAGUGACUGGAGAUGAGGCCGACAGUCCCAGGACACAACUAACUGGGGUGGAUGGAGCUGAGAGAUAAUGAGGAAUAUCUCCUGGGGCCUGAAUGGUUCUGGUACCAAUCUGUGGCAAUGGCAAAAGCACGUGGACUUGUUUUUAAGCAACCUUUCUUUUUUGCUGAAAGGAUAUUUUUGCCAGUUUCUCCUUUUUCAGGCCCAGCUCAUGAUUUACUUUGGGCCCCGAGCAGUAACAGCUCAACAUAGAAGGCUGGAGGGGCAGCAGCACUGUGCACUGGAAGCCAGCUUCCAGACAGAUCAUGGGCAUUGGUUCUCACAUACAACAUCUUCACUUGUCUGUAUUCUCAGACUCCAGGCUACAUCAGCCUUCAUGCAAACUGUGUCGUUGGCAAGGGCUACCCACUGCUGAUUUAUCAGCCAAGUGCUGGAUAGCUUUAACUGUGGUUUAGCAGAAAUUACAAAUAAAUCACUGAAAAGUGAACCUAAUGCAAAAUGUACCUCUGGGAUUACCCAGCGCCAGCUGAAAAAAUUAUUUGCAGUAUACAGCUUCACAGUUGAGUGGUUGAGGGACUCUUGAGAAGUGUAAGGUCAUGAGGCAUUAUUCCCCUCUAAAAGCAUGUAAAUGUGACACAUUACAUCUGUCACAAAAGCCAUUAUUCAAACACUAAAAACUAAACAAGAAAUAAAAUGAUGCAUACUAAA